UCUUCUCUCAGAUACCUUUCUCUGUAUCUUCUUUCUUUGACCUCACAAAGUCAAGUAAAAAACAGAGUCCUCUGUUUUCUUCUCCAUCUCCUUACAUCCAUAUUCCACUCUCAUUCUUAAAGCAUUUUCCAUUACAUUUUCUCCUCAAAAAAAUGAAAACAUAACCUUCAUAGUCUAACCCCAAGCCUACUCUCUAUCUCUCUUUCUCUCUUCUUGCAUUCUUUUUGUACAGAUUAGAAAAGACCAUGGAUUUGUCGAGGUUAGGUUAUGCAGAGAUCAACUCAUCGCAAUUUGGGCCAGUGCACGGUCCAUUCAUGAUGGAGCAGCUUGUAUGCCAGAGGGAAAAAAUGUUGACCUCAAAGGGACUUUUCAUGAACAGUGACCCUCUCCAAUACGCAGUGCCUCUUCUCAUGAUUCAAAUGUCAGUCAUCAUUAUCACCUCUAGGAUUAUCUUCGGUGUCCUUAAACCUUUAAAACAAGGAAUGAUCUCUGCUCAAGUCUUGGCUGGUGUUGUUCUUGGACCGUCUUUCUUAGGACGUAACAUUGCUUACUUGGAUACGUUCCUUCCUCCUGGAGGCAAGGUCAUAAUACAAACAAUUUCAAACGUUGGUUUCAUCAUCCAUCUCUUCAUUCUUGGACUCAAAAUCGAUUGGACUAUUAUCAAAAAAGCCGGUUCCAAAGCGAUAUUAAUCGGUGCUGCCUCUUACGCCUUCCCUUUCUCCCUCGGAAGCCUCACGGUUUUCUUCAUUAACAGUACUAUAGGACUUCCCAAACAGGUGGUUCACUGCGCAGCCACUGUAAUCUCCUUGAGCUCCAUGACAUCAUUCCCGGUUACAACCACGGUCUUAGAGGAGCUUAACAUUCUCAACUCAGAGCUAGGACGGUUAGCCACCAACUGCUCAAUAGUCUGCGAAGCUUGUGGCUGCUUGGUGGCUCUAGCGUUUAAUCUCUACACGCGAGAGCGAACUAUGAAUGGCGUUUGGGGGAUUGUCAUGAUCUCAUGUCUUCUUGGGUCGAUUGCUGGCAUCUUUAGACCUUCGAUCAUAUGGCUCACCCAGAGGAAAAGCAAAUCUAUGGAUAACAAAGACGUUGUCCCGUUUUAUCCAAUACUCUUGAUUUUGUCUAUAGUUAGCAUUGCCUCAGAGGUCUUUGGCGUCCACGCUGCGUUUGGAGCGUUUUGGCUAGGCGUUUCGCUCCCUGACGGUCCGCCUUUGGGCACAGAACUUGCUACGAAACUCGAUAUGAUCGCCUCGAGUAUGCUACUCCCGUGUUUCAUCGCCAUUAGUGGGUUAAAUACUAACUUCUUUGAGAUCACAGAGAGCCAUGAGAACCAUGUGUUAAUGAUUGAAGUCAUUCUCUUGGUCACCUAUGGCUGCAAGUUCCUUGGAACAGCAGCUGCGUCUGCUUAUUGCAAAACGCCGAUUGGAGACGCGCUUUGUUUGGGUUUCUUGAUGUGUUGCCAAGGUAUCAUCGAAGUCUACACUACUCUUGUGUGGAAAGACGCUCAGGUUGUUGACACACAAUGCUUUAAUCUGAUGAUUAUCACGAUUUUGAUCGUAACCGGGAUCUCGCGGUUUCUCGUGGUGUACCUCUACGAUCCAUCUAAACGCUACAAAAGCAAAAGCAAACGAACGAUCAUCAAUACGAGAGAACGCAAUCUUCAGCUCCGUCUUCUUCUUUGCAUCUACAAUGUUGAAAAUGUUCCUUCCAUGGUGAAUCUUUUAGAAGCUACUUACCCGACAAGGUUUAACCCAAUAUCAUUCUUCACGUUGCACCUUGUCGAGCUUAAAGGCCGAGCUCAUGCUGUCCUCACGCCGCACCACCAGAUGAACAAACUUGAUCCCAACACGGCUCAAUCCACACACAUUGUCAAUGCAUUCCAACGUUUUGAGCAAAAGUAUCAGAGUACUCUCAUGGCCCAACAUUUCACAGCAGCCGCGCCUUUCUCGAGUAUAAACAACGACGUAUGUACAUUGGGACUCGACAAGAAGGCGACGUUAAUCGUACUUCCGUUCCACAAGCAGUACGCGAUUGACGGGACGGUCGGACGCGUCCACGGGCCCAUCAGGAACAUAAACCUCAACGUGCUUGAAGCAGCACCUUGUUCCGUCGCGUUAUUCAUCGACAGAGGGGAAUGCGAGGGACGUCGCUCCGUCUUGAUGAGCAAUACGUGGCAGAACGUGGCGGUGCUCUUCAUCGGAGGCCGGGACGACGCGGAGGCGCUCGCGUUAUGUAUGAGAAUGGCUGAAAAACCGGAGCUUAACGUGACGAUGAUACAUUUCCGUCACAAGAGCUCCCUUCAGGACGAGGACUACAGCGCUAUGGACGAGUACAAUCUAAUAAAGGAUUUCAAGAGCCAUGCAGCGAACAAAGGGAAAGUCCACUACGUAGAGGAGAUAGUGAAAGAUGGCGUGGAGACAACGCAAGUGAUUAGCUCACUUGGAGAGGCUUAUGACAUGGUGUUAGUGGGUCGAGACCAUGACCUAGAGUCUUCGGUCUUGUACGGACUUACUGACUGGAGCGAGUGUCCUGAGCUAGGUGUGAUUGGAGAUAUGUUGACGUCGCCGGAUUUUCAUUUCUCGGUACUCGUUGUUCAUCAGCAGCAAGGAGAUGCUGAUCUGGCCAUUGACGAUAGUUAUAAAUUGCCUGUCGAGCAUCAAAAGGUUGGAGAUACACGAAUACAGCCACGCUUCUCUGCUGAAGAAGGUUUCACCACCAUUGAUCUCAGCAAAAAUUAGAGUAACCAAGUGACUAAAUCUUGAUUUAGUUAUAUUUUUUAAAUCAAAAGUUCAUACCUAUAGAGAUAUAUUUCUUUUCUUGUUUUUCUUAUAUAAGAGGUGAUGUAUUUGGAAUCUUAAGUUGAGCCUGAGGAUAACGAUACAAGACAUGUCAUGUGGUACUUCUAGAUAUUUUUUUCCUUUACUUUUUAGUUUGAUGUUAAUAAGAGAUAAAAAA